GUAGAAGUUAGAGCUCUGAGGUUGGUGGUAUUGUUGUUGUUGUUGUUGUUGUUGUUGCUGUGUCGCACAUGGCAUCCGCAUCCACCCUCCGCGCACUCGCACCUCGCCUCCUCCCUUCCUCUUUUUCUCCCUCGCCCCUCCUGCAUUUCCCUCCUUCUCGUGUCACGUUGUUCAAGUUUGAGGGUGAUGAGUCGCGGUGCAGGAUCGUGAAGGAGAGUAAGUGUUUGGCGCGUGAGGUUUCGCACCGCAGGAGAGGUGGGUCGGUAGCUACGCUGGUGGCUGUCUUUGAGGACGGUGUGACUGGCGCUGCAGGAUCGGCUGCCAUGGAGGUGAACGAGAAUUGUGUUGGAGCAGCGGAAGUGAAGAAGGAUGGGUGUGUGAAGGCUGUGUUCUUUGAUUUGGACGACACUCUCGUGCUCACGCAUGCUGCUGACAAAGUUGCACAGCUAGCCGUUCUGGUUUUGGCAGAGCGAAAUGUUCCGCACAUCAAUGGAGUAGAGAUGGUGAAGGUGUUUGUAGAAAAGUUUGACGUUUCUCCGUGGGAUCGCACUCACCAGGUGGAUGUUCGGGAAUGGAGAGCACGGAUUUGGAACGAAGCUCUCCAAAGCCAAGGCGUUGAUGAUCUGCCGCUUGCUAGAAAUUUGCAAGAUUUGUUUGAUAAGGAGAGAUUGUUGUCCUUUCAAUGGGCGCCGGGAGUUGAAUCGAUGGUACAGCGCCUACAUGAACUAGGCAUCAAAGUGGGCAUUAUAACCAACGGCCACUUCAGUGUUCAAAGAGACAAGUUGAAAGCAUGCAAGGCUGAUCUACUUUUUGAUACUAUACUUGUGGGCGGAGAAGAGCCAAAUCAAAAGCCACAUAGGGAAAUAUUCCUGAAGGCCUGCAGGCUUGCAGGAUGCAGUCCAGAAGAAACAAUUAUGGUCGGUGACAACCUGAAAACUGACAUACAGGGUGGCAUCAACGCAGGCUUCCUUGCCACUGUCUGGGUGAAUGUGCACAACCUGGAGGGUCUACCUGCUGGAGGAGCAACUCCAGAUCACAUUAUCUCCAACAUUGGCGAGCUUCCUGGGCUUCUGAAGCAGCUGGACCUGGACUUGGGCCAGUCAUGAUGUGAUGGUGGCACUGCUUUCAGCUCAUCUCCAUUAGGCACACCCAUUUAUGGACACCAUUUGAUUCUUCACUCCGUUCCAUUACAGGCCAUCGUUGCUGCAUAUUCUAAGUACAAACUCUCAAGCCUCGAAGUGAAAAUGGUGAUUUCUCUUGAGUGUUAGAGUAGAGGUUAACUUUGUAGUAAGUGAACACACUUUCCAAUGAAUGAUUCAUUCUUUUUCAGAACGGAUGACUCUUCCUUAGAAGUCAUGUGUGCUUAGAAAGAUCGUGCUAAAAAUUCAACCAUGUCUGAAUCAUUCUUGCAUUGGUUUAUUUAUUCUUUAAUGCAGGUGUAUUUUUAUCACAUAAAAUUCUGGUGA